UUUUGGUCGGGGUUUUUUUGGGCAUUCCUGUCGGAGGAUUUUUUUAAGGACUGGGGACUCUCGUUUGUGCACCCCCAGAACCCCACAGCCCGGGCUGAACUCGACGUCAGUGCUGCCACAGUGUGGACACAGCGCGGUACUGCAGCAAUCCCCCCAGCCGGCGCCCCGGCAGCAAAGGCGCUCGGUGGACGUGGCGCGGAACGGCGUGCGUCCCCUUGUCAGGACGGCGGGAGCCACCGGGCACCGGCACCCUGCCAUGAGGGAUGGUGACACACUCCAUCUGGCAGCCCCAGCAGGACCCUGGCCGAGAGAGGCGACAGCGGCGCGGAAUGCGGCCGCUCGAGUGGCGGCCGGAGCCGUUUCUGGCGCCGCUGACCCCGCCGCUCGCGCCCGCAUGCUAGGAAAGACGGCAGAAAAUCGCGCCGAGAGAGCGGGAUCGGCGUCGGGUCCGGAUUCAGGAGGGUGACUUAGAGAAACAACGUCGGGAGAGGCCAUCAAGGGACCACAACAAUACUGGCGAGGAGGCUGGAAGUGGCCUUUGCCAGUACCAAAGAUGGCGCCGGGAAGGGCGGCGGGGAGCAGAAAUGACGCCACGCCACUCCCAAGAUGGCGGCACGGUCACCACCUGCCCGACCUUCUAAAGACGGCGACAAAAUGGGCAGGAAAAAGCAAGGACCCCCAAGGCGUGUCUAAUGGACUGCCUGAGCGUAACCCCGACACCGAUCCCCCCCCGGGCAAUUUCCCGCGGCGUUUCCAAGCGUGUGGACACAAGGUGUGGGCUCAGCAGCACCUCGGGCGAGCAGGAUUCUGGCGGGUGCCGACAGGCAGCGACGUGGACGCCUCUCUCUGCCAGGGCCCUGCUACGGCGGGCACUUCAGAGCAGCCCCCUUGGCUGCGCAGGAGCUGCUGUGCUAAAGGCACCAGACCGGGCCGGGGUUCCCAUGCUGGGAGCCGGUGCUCCCUGGUCCCCUUCCUGCAGCACCGUGCCCAUGGAGAGACCUUGGAAUGUCUGCAGGCAUGGAAGAGGCCUUCUGGAACUCGGCCCCAGGGGAAGAGCACGUGUCCCCAUGGCCUGUAUCAGUUUGCUGUCUCCUUUCUCUUUGCUGGUGACGAUGCACUCUUGGCACAGGUGCUGGAGUUGAAAGGUGUAGUACGAGUUAUGUCCCGUGCCGCUGAUCCUGACAGACCUGUUCUGGCAAAGCCUCCCACUCUGACAUGGCAGAGGCUGAUACUUUCUGUGGAGGUGCUCCAUAGCAAGUUCUGGAUGCUAAAGAGCUUCAACUCAGAACUGAUGUUGGCUGUUCUGGUUGUUAAUGCUGCUUUAGCUCUUGCUACCAGACCAAAAAGUCAAGUUGUGAAAAGCAACAUGGAGAUGUAUAGGAGUAUGUGGGAGAAUCACAUCCACGUUCUGACUGAAGCUGUGGAUGACAUAACAAGUAUUGAUGAUUUCCUUGCUGUAUCAGGUUUUUUUCCCCAGAAUUUCUUGGACUUGAAGAAUAAAACUAAGCCUUCCAAUAAUAGUUGUGUAAAAGAAGAAUCUGUCAUUGGGCAGCUGCUCAUUUCAGAGAAGACUCCUGGCUUUUUAGUGUAUUUACAUUCUUUGGUUGAACACAGUUGGAUGAUGGACAAUAUUUCACAGCCUGUUUCUAAAGACUGAAUUUACCCAUUGCACAGAGGGAGCGAAUACCUGGCUUCACUUCUUCCCGCAACAUCUCUAGCUCCAGAUCUGCAGCCCCAGCUGCUGCAGGUUCUACUGCUGGGAGAGGACUUGAGUAGGUGGUGAGGAAAGAGUGGGGCAGGUGGACUGUGACUGUGUGGGAUAGCAUGAAAUGGCAGAAUAGGGGAGCAGAAUUAAAG